AUGGAACCUCUAAUCUAUGAUGCCUCUCCUCUAGCCGAAUAUCUAGAGGCCGAUGCCAUUCCAUUCGAGACCGCCAGUUCCUCCCCUCCACUCUCACCUUUGAUCAAAACAUUUGCUCCUCGAGGCCUCCCAAAGCUGCGAGAGGGCCUACGAACGAUCCGACAGACUGCUGCCUCGGUGAAAGAUAUCGCCAACGAAGAAUUCUUAGAACGAUUCCGCUACCUAAUUGUUGCUUCCCAGCUGCUCUCAAAUGAUCCUAAGCCUCGAAGGCAACGUCCAAAUGAACAAACGAUCGAUCCUCCACCCCUCUCAAUCAAGGGUGUUCUUAUAAGCGCCGGACUCUCCUUCUCCAUCGCUUGGUUCUUACACACGCUUCGCCGUCAACAACGCGGCCAAACUUCUUUUCCUUUGUCACAAUUAUUGGCCUACGCCACCCUACUAUGCGGAGGUUGCAUAAUAUUUAUUUAUUUUGCUCGGCGACAAUACCUUGAAUUCGUCAGGCAAUCCGCAGGUUCUAUCUUGGGCAAACUCAUCUUGACGUCUCAUGAUAUUGAUGGGGUAGCCAAUGAAGGCUUGCGCUUUGCACAGGAGGUUGAGGUUGUCUCCCGUGGAUAUGAAAUAAGCCUACCUUUACCACCAAUCAGUCGUCUUGAAGAUGGACGCCCAGUUGGACGAUGUCGGGAACUGAGAAGGACAAUAGCAGCCGCCCUGACAGCCAGUAUCAGUCACUGCGUCAGCUCUCACAAUGCCAUGCAAGUUUUCGUGAGAGAUACUGAUUUGCAGAGAUACCAUGACAUAUACGACGUCUCGAUGCAAGAUUAUGCCGAUGCCAUUGCAUUUGCGAACAAAACCGCCGACGAAUCUCAGGACUCCUUGAAGGAGCUUCGGUUCCUGUUUCGUCUGCAUUUUAUCGCGAGGAAAGUCUUUCUGUGUGAUUUACUGGCCCUUCAUUCCGGAUCUACAUGGCAAAACAUUCGUCAGUGGCGUAAUACCCUGCAACUCUUGCAAGACUUGGACACAGCCUUUUCGAAAAUUGCCCAGAGGCUUCAAUCUGCCAUGGCGAGCGAAGCGUUUGUCAAGGACGCCUCGAUUGCAACUUCGGAAGAGACCGAUCCAUCACUGAAUCGAGAUGUCGAAAUUAGAACUCCUCAAAGAUUGCAUACCAAAGCCCAGUUGCGUCGGUUUGAAGCCGUCGCAAAUGCCAUUCACUCCCUCAACGCCAAGAUCCGGUUGUUGAGAGAUGACAUCAAUGCACCUGUUACUCAUGGCGAUGAAGCAGCGUUCAGUACCACCUUAGCUCGUCACUAUGAACACCUGGGUGCUGAUCUGCGGAAUGCCUUGAUUGAGUGGGAGAGAGGUCGAAACACAAUGUUCCUCAACGUUGCUGUCGAAUCUGAAAACAGGCUCUCAAGGGCAUCGAGCAUUCGAUCUCCAGCGUCGCCCUCUCCGAGUAGCCUCGGUGGAAUGACUGUGGUUGAUGGUGGGCCUGCAGAAGCAUUCAAGCUGUUGAGUGGCGAUGAAAAGAGCACAUCUGAUGGCGCUGGGCCCGAUGAAGAAGUCUUUGAAGCAGUGGCAAUGCCUCGCAAAAGGAUGUCUUGGGCUCCAAUGAGCAGAGAAGAAAAGCUCAACAAACUUCAAGAGGACCGGCGCAAGCGAGUAACCAUGCAGGAACAAGCAGACAACACCACUAAUAUGCUGAGAGAGUUACAGAUGGUCAUCAAACAUCGGCCGAAAGCACGAGUCAAUACCCGCAUAACCUCCAUCUGA